AUGAUUGCGGCUUCGGAACCCCUGGAGUUUGUGCCACAUGGCAGGACAGUAUUGGCGAGGCAUCCUUCUCAAAUUUACAGCAAGGGGCACAAUGUUUCCGCAUCAGAAAACUCGCUAUUAUACAAGUUAACUAAUUUUGCUAUCAAAGAUGAAAGCCUGAUAGAAUCUAAGGAAGAAGAGCAAGAAUGGUGGUGCAUCAGAGAAGUAUAUUACAGGGCUGAUGAUGACAAGGAAAAUUUUCAAGAAUCUCAAAAAGAACAGAAAUAUGAGUAUAUGGAUUCCUUUAGACCCCCAAGUCAUUUAAAAAAUGACUUUAAUGUAUCCAUUAAGUCUGAGCUAUUGAGUGGCUUGAAAAAAGAUGAUCUUGCAUCUGCUGGAACGUCCAGAGGCAGUAGUGUUAACAGCUCGACUAAUAUGUCUAAGAAAUUUAAUUUAAGUUCUGCGCAGAGUAGACGGCCUAGGAGUAGACCGUUAAAUCCUAAAACAGACUGUUACUAUGAAGAGGAGUUGUAUGUAAAAGGCUGCACCGCGGUAUGGUCCAAAGGCUUAAUAUCAACACCAGCCACAAAGCUAUCUGGACCUGAACACCGUGAAACCAUUGCAUGCUUUACAAUCGAAAAUCCUAUAAAACAUGCCGCAUUUGCAGAUUUCCACACUGACAUUAACAAUACCAUGCUAAUAGAUGCUCUGAACUCGCAGAUCGGAGAUGCUAAGAAAAAUAUCAAAAUUGAGGAUACAACAGAGCACAUUGAAAAUAAAAUAAUGCCUUCGAUAAUUCUCAUUGAUAAUAAAUGUAUGAGAGUGUAUGCUAUAGAUGGGAGGGAGUAUAUUACCAGCAUACCAUUCCAAGUUAAGAAAGUAUGGCCGAUGAAAUAUGGGGUUUUAUUAGAAAAAGACGCUACACCAGUUCUUCAUAAUUCAAUGUUGCCCAUGUCGUUCUUGAAAUUAAAUGAAUCGCACAAUAGUUCAUUCAACAAAACUCGUACGUUCCCAUUCAAUAUGAGCGCUAGAUUACGUGCUGAGUCUAUCUCUGGAUAUGAUCAAGAAUAUCCAUUGCCCACUUGCUUCUCUCUAAGACAUCCUUUGGAUGAAGUUACUCCAGUUUUAAUGAAGUCCUCUGCCCAAGGACUUCAAUAUUACAAUGAUGGGGAUUUGCAAAUCAUAUUUGUGAGCACCGAACCCAGUAUAAUACUACUGUAUGAUUGGAAGUUGCAAACUCAUUCUCUAUGGAAAAUUCGGAAAGCAGUGCGAGACGAGUGUUUGGCGAUGUGUCCAAAUGUCAAUUCUUCUGUGUUCAGCCAGUCUUGCGAUUUUGUGGGCAGUCCAAUGCAUAGUAUGCGAAAUGCAACAAGUUGGACCGGCAGUCCGUUUCAGUCUAAAAAAAUGUCGACAACCCCAUCUCGGUCGAGACAAAAUAGUCCGAUGGCGAAUAUCUUCCACCAACAAGGGAUGUCGCCCCAUACAUCUAUAGGACAAGCCAGUUCGGCGUCUAUGAUGUCGAGUACCAUCAACCAAAAUCCGCCAUCUUUACCACUCUAUCCAGAUAUUUGUCUUGACCAUAUCUGGACAGACAGCCAAGUCAUAAGACGAGACCAAGUCGAAAGUCCGAACGAUUUGAAAGCUUUUCUACAUACAGAUUUAGUUGGUCACGAUUAUUUAUGUUUUAUGGUCAAAGUGGCAGGCGUGACGCGUCUUCAAAUAGUGAGGCUACAGAAAUCGCACUACCACGGGCAAAUGUCUAAAACUAAUAUAAUAGUGGGUUCGAUUUCCUCAGUUCUGGCGAAAGAUGCGGUAGUCCUGGACCAUUUGAAGAUGAUAGCACUGAUCGAUGAAUCGGGAAAUAUUAUUCUGCAAUCAGGAAACAACUUCGUGGGCAAGGUGCACGUAGGUGGAAUACUAGCUCGUCUAAUAGAUUCUCCAUACACAAAGAGGAAUACCUUUCAGUCACCAUUCCCAAGACGCAGCAGCUUGUUGCCCAGCCGCUGUGAAACAAACUCGUUUGAUGACUCCGCCUUGCAUUUACUAUCUCCUGUGCCCCAUUCGUCUAUAUCCAGAUUGGAACCGAAAGAUAAUUUGGAGGUGGCGGGCGGCGGCGUGCGCGCGCUGUGCGACGCGGCGGGCGCGCGCGUGUCGGUGCGCGCGGGCGCCGCGCUCUACCGCAUCGCGCUGCCGCCACGCGCCUGCGCGCCGCUCGUCACGCGCUGCUGCCACGCGCUCGCCUGCGCGCUGCCUAAGGAUAUCUGUAUGCAGGUCAUAAUAAAAUGGUAUGGUGUACGAAACGCGCCGGGCACCCAAGACUUGACACCCGAACAAGAAUGGACGAUGUUCUCGAACCUUCUUUUAUCCCUAAUCGGAUAUGACGUAGAAAAACUGUCUGAAAGUAAGCAGAAUGAAGAAGAACACGUAGAAGUAGUUACAAAAAAGCAAAGAACUUCAAGCGACGGUACCCAAGACGAUUGGGAGUACAUGUUAAACUCCAAAAUGCAUAAAACCAUAGGCUAUUCCCUAGCUAAUAUGCUCAAUUUGCACCAAAUUCAACCAGAAACAAGACAUUGCAGAUCAUUAAAGAAAGAAGAAGAAGACAAACCAUCUCAAUUCAACACAAACUCACUUCUGUUCCCUUACACUGUGAAUGUGUUCUUUGCUUUUCAUCUGGCAUAUGAAGAUAUAAAGCUAAAUACGCUGCUAUCAAGCGAUUUGAAGCCGCUUUCGGCGUUUCUAUACCAAAUUGCAAAGGAUUUGUGCUUAGAUAAAUACGUGAACCAUUACUGGUUGGAUUUCCCCAUAGAAUAUAGUAUUGAGUACGAUGAAAACGACACGCAAGUCUCUGAAUCGAUUUUGAAGAAACUCACCCAACCCAUAUACUUUAGUGCGGAACCACCGAAUAUAUUUAGUUAUAUAAACUCGAUGUUGAAAGACGUAGAUGUUGGGUACUACCCCCAUAUGCCUGAUGUGAAUAAUAUGUCACGGGAUUUGAUAGAGAUAAUGUGCUGCGCGGGGUGCGGCGCGGCGGCGGGCGUGCAGCGCGCGGCGCGCGACGCCGCCGCCGCCAGCAGCACGCCGCGCCGCGCCGCCGCGCGCGCCACCGACGCCGUGCGCGCCGCGUGCGACAGAGGUAUAACCCCCCGCGACAUAGACAACCUGCCGCCGGCGCUGGCGCUGUGCCUCAUUACGAUCUUCUCCCGCUGCAAGAGCGCGCCGCCGGCGGACUGGCCGCCCGCCGCCUACAACCUGGUGAUGCGUGAGGACCUGGCGCUGCAGACGGAGAUUGCUGCCACCAUCAAGUCCACUGAUGAGUAUAUGGAAUCGUUAGCACUAGAAGUGUUGGAGAAAGAGACGGCGUACACGCAGAUCCCGCACCCGACGGUGGAGCCGCAGCACAAGGGCGAAGACGACACCACCACGGGCAUGGAACAUCUGUAUACAAAGCUGUUGAGCUUGUUGUAUCCGAAGGAUCAUAGAAUGACAGAGGUGUUCAAUCUCCUCCAAUCAUCGAUACCCGUAACAAUUAAUCUAACUCAACGGCCCGAAGUGUCCGAUCACGACUUCAUAGAAGAGCAAGAGAAGUAUUUAUACGCUAUAAGUACUAGGACUAUGGCUUUGCCAGUCGCCAGAAAGAAUGAAUCUGUCCCCAGAGGCAUGGUGACGCUGCGCAGCCUGCCGUGCUCGCCCACGGAGCCGCUGGCGCCGCCGCGGCUGUGCGUGUCGGGGCGCGGGCCGCCGCCGCGCCGCCACGCCGUGACGCUGGGCGCGGGCGACACGCCGCCGCACUGCCUGCUGUGGCCCACCUUCCACAACGGCGUGGCCGCCGGCCUCGCGCUCGUGCCCAUGACCGGCGCCAGCAUACACUCCAGCUGGAUCAUAUACAAUAAGCCCAGGGGUACACAGGACAUGUCGACGGAACACGCCGGCUUCUUACUGGCGCUGGGUCUCAACGGCCACUUGAAGGAUAUGCCAUUCAUGAACAUGUACGAGUAUCUCGUCAAAUGCCACGAGAUGAUCAGUAUUGGACUGCUACUGGGUUUGGCCGCUACGUAUCGAGGCACAAUGGACGUGCAAGCGACGAAGAUGAUGAGCAUCCACCUGGAGCCGCUGCUGCCGGCCACGUCCAUCGAGCUGGACAUCCAGCAGGGCGUGCUGGUGGCGGCGCUGCUGGGCGUGGGCCUGCUGUACACGCGCACGGCGCACGCGCACUACGCGCAGGUGCUGCUCAACGAGAUAGGGAAGCCCCCGGGGCCGGAGAUGGAGAACUGUGUGGAGCGCGAGGGCUACGCCUUGGCGGCGGGGCUGGCGCUGGGCUUCGUGUGCCUGCGCGCGGGCGCGGCGGCGCCGCACCUGGCGCACGUGGCACCGCGCCUGCGCACGUACAUGCUGGGCGGCGACCGCAGGGCUUUUACUGGUUCACAAAAGGACAGAUACAAGCACAGUUCGUUCGCUAUCCGCGAGGGCGGCACCGUCAACCUGGACGUGACGUCGCCGGGCGCGACGGUCGCGCUCGGCCUCAUGUACCUACGCUCCGGCAGCGCGGCCGUGGCGGCCUGGCUGCGGCCGCCGGCCACCGCCUACCUGCUGGACUUCGUGCGCCCCGACCUGCUCAUGCUGAGGGUUAUAGCUAGAGGUUUGGUGCUAUGGGACGAAAUAGAGGCGAGUGAAGAAUGGGUGGAAAGCCAAGUGCCGUCCACAAUAAAGCCGUACUGUUUCGUCAAACCUACUGAAGACAACAUCGAUUAUGAGGCUAUGAACCAAGCGUACUGCAACAUAAUAGCGGGCGCGUGCUUCGCGAUGGGGCUGCGGUUCGCGGGGUCGGGCGACGCCGACGCGCGCGACGCGGCGCUGCGCCACGCCGCGCUGCUGCUGCGCGUGGGCGCGCGCGGCGGCGCCGAGCUGGCGGGCGCCACCACGCUCGAGCUGUGCACCGCCGUGUGCCUGCUGGCCGCCGGCAUGAUAAUGGCGGGUCGCGGCGACAUCAGCGUGCUGCGCGUGUGCCGGCGCCUGCGCGCGCGCCUGCCCGCCGCGCCGCGCGCGCCGCCCGCGCCCGCGCCCGCGCCGCUCACGCACGGCGCGCAGAUGGCAGUGCACUGCACGAUAGGACUGCUGUUCCUGGGCGGCGGGCGCUCCACGCUGUCCAGCUCGCCCGAGGCGGUGGCCGCGCUCAUCGCGGCCUUCUUCCCCAAGUUCCCCACUCACAGUGAAGAUAAUAGAUACCACCUGCAGGCGUUCCGCCACCUGUACGUGCUGGCCGUGGAGCCGCGCCUCGUGCUGCCGCGCGACCUCGACACCGGCAAGCUCUGCUACGCGCAUGUACAGGUAAUAGAUCUAACGGGCGCCGUGAAAGAAAUGAAAGCCCCCUGUAUCAUACCCGAGCUCAAUACACUUCGGGAGGUGAAAAUAAACGACCCGAGAUACUGGCCUAUCACUUUCCAUAGAGACCACAACUGGGAUCAGUUGAAAACGUUCCUAGAAUACACAUGGUGUAUAGACAUAAAACAGAGAGCAGGCUGUCUGUCGUACCUCGAUGAUCCCGACGGCUUCAUGACCAUCUUAGCUCAAACCUUCACACUGGACAAAGCUAACAUCUGGUCGGUCACACCAGAGAACAUAGAACUGUUCACGAACGACGAGAAAGUUAAAAACUUUGUCAAACAUUAUUUGAAUAGGGGUUCUAAUAAUGAUAUAUGCGGGGAUUGUUUGUUGGUGAAUAAGAAGAGGAAAGGUGUUAAGAAUGAAGUGUUGGUACCGAGGCAAUGUGUCUGCAGGAAGUAUUCGAAGGACGAACAGGAAUAUAUACAGAGCUUGAGUAUGGUGACAUACGAGUGUGUCGUGAAAGAUAUACUAUGUGCUUUACCUAUCUGGACCACGUUUUUGAAGAUAAUAAAAACAAUGAAGACCGAACCAACUUCCUAUCACAUGUGGCAAAUUAAACUGCUUCUCUCCCAAGUAGACAGCCAUAACAAACGCGUGUCGACCGAAAUGACGGUAGAUGGUCUGGACUCGCAGAACGAACCGCUAAUAUCUACAGAAUUCACUCUAGCAAUAAAACAAAAAAUAUCCCUAAUAUUCGACAAAUGGGAGAUGAAAAUAACACCGUUCCUUAGAAAAUAUUUAGGGAUGCCCAGUAAUCGAAAGAUUAGUACGUGCGAUGAUGAACUCAAAAGGAUUCUGACCUCCUUCCUGGUGUACCACGAUCUUCCCAAGGGGGUUUUAAGGAAUUCUAUAGGGGAUGAGAUCUCGUUGGUUCUAUGUGAUAACUUGGCGUUGAGUCCGGAGGCUGUGAGCAAGAUUGAGGAUCUGCUGAGA